AUGAAUAGGGGAUGGCACGUGGUGUUUUAUUUUAUCCUCCUUCUAAUGAAUAAAUCAUUAGGUGGAGAAGAGAAGCUUACCAAAUUUGAUCCUGUUAUGAUAAAAGAAGGAGAAUUAUUUGGGGAAGUGUCUUAUGAUUGUGAGUAUAGUGGAUUUCUAGAAAUUGAGAAUGAUGACAUUUUAUAUUAUUGUUUUUUUGUAGGAGAAGAUGAUCAUAAUGGUUUAUUAUUAAGGAAGUUCCACAUGGAUGAUAUGGUAUGGGGUAUACCCAUGGAAGUAUUAAUAACACGUAAGAAAAUAAAUUUAUAUAUAUUAACGGUUGAUUAUAUAUUAUCUAAAUUAAUAUUAAUAUAUAGUUUUGAUGAAAAAAUAAGAAUAACUGUAUUUAAUAAUUAUAUGGAAGAAUCUGUGAUGAGUGAAAAGAUAAGUAUUAAUUAUGAAAUAUUAUAUAAAGCAAAUAUGAUUUCUUAUAUAACAUAUUUUUAUAAAAAUAAAAAAUCUUUAUGUGUAUGUGGUAUGAAUAGAAAUGAAAAUAUUUUAUGUACUUUUUCUUUUGAUUAUGGUUUAACCAUGAAAGAUGAUCAUACGAUAGAAUUUUUUUUAAAAAAAAAAAUCCCCCUUGGACAUUAUAAAAUGCAAGUAACUUUUAAAGAAACGGAAGUUUAUUUUAAUUUGUAUAAUGAUUUGAAUGAAACCAAUUUUUAUGAACUUAAAUGUGUUAAGAAACAAGAUGAAUACAUAUGUGACAUCAUGAAUAAAAUACGUGAGACUCAAGAAUAUAACUACAAAAGGUAUACAUAUCCGUCUAGUGAGCACAACAAAUAUUAUAAUGAUCAUCAUAAUAAACAACCACAGGGGAAACAAGGGCAACAAGGUGGAGCACCAUUACCAAACUUAGGAGAAGAAGAAAAUAAUUUCAUUUAUAAACAUAUUGUACGUAAUAAAUAUUUUCAAAUGAUUGUUUUUCAGAAAGAUCAAAAAUGUUACCUUGCUUGGUCAUUUAAUUCUUUAAAUAUAAAUGAUGAAAUUACGAAAGAAAUAUCGUCUGUUCCAUGUUCGAAUGUAGCAUCAUACUAUAGGCAAGAGAGAUUAAUAGUGACUUUAAAAAAGAAUCAGCUUGGAUCAAGGAAUCAUUUUUUUCUAAUAUAUGAGAAACUUACUGAAAAAGGCGUCGGGUGCGAAUUUGGGGUUGGGGGAAGUCUCUAUGUUACGAAGACCUUUAUGAAUAAUACAUGUGACAUGGAUAUAAAUAACAUGAAUGUUAGUACAACUAAUUAUGAUGAAAUUAAUUUUUCUCUUAUUAUUCCGUUGUCUUUUCAGUUGAAUUACAGUACAUGUUUUAUAUGGGAAGAGAAUGUGGAUAAUAAUGAAGAGAGGAGUAGCCUUUAUUACUUGGAAGAAUAUACUAACGAAAAAGAAGAUAUAAAAGUAUAUACUUUUUAUUUUUAUAAAUAUAUAUUAAUAUAUAAAAAUUUUAAAAAAAGCACUUGUACAUUUGAAAGUAAGAAUAAUGAAAAGUUAUACAUUUCUUUUAGAGGGGAUACAUAUUAUAAAGAAUAUAAUUGUAACAUAUUAUUAGAUUCAUGUGAUUUCUUUCUUCAUACACAAAGUAAAAUCAAUAUCACAUAUGAUGAUGAUGUUUGGCAGGUUUCUGAAGAAUUAUAUGAUGGUUUUGUUAUGUAUAAUGGAACUUAUGUUUCUUUGUAUGAUGUUUUAAGUAGAUCUAAUGCUCAUGGUUUGAUAUAUAUAGAUGGUAAAGAAAAUAAUACAAGUAUUAAUUUGAAUAAUAUAAAAAAUAACAACAACAAUAAUAAUAAUAAUAAUAAUAAUAAUAAUACUAGUAAUAAUAAUAAUAUUAGUAAUAAUAGUAAUAGUAAUAAUUCCUUUGGAGAACAUGAAAAAGUAAUCACGAUAAUAAUUCCGUAUGGUAUCCCAAGCACACGUACAAUAAAAAUCGAAUUUUUAAAUAAACAAAAUAAUGAAGAAAAAAGAUGGGCAUAUUUAAGAUUACAAAAAAAUGAAUAUAUAAUGAAAAAAGUCAUAGGAAUAAAUUCUUCUGACAUUUUUGAUUUAUCAUAUAAAUAUUAUAAAUAUAAUCAAGAAAAAAUAAAAUUUAUUCUUAACGAUUUUUCAGAAACAACCUAUUUAGGAUUUAUUUGUCAAACUAAAGAAGAAAUAAAAAAAAGUUUAUGUACAAUAUCGUUAGUUGAUCAUAGUCAUAAAAAUAUGGCGAUUAAUAAUUUAUUUAAAACAAAUAAUCAUAUUUUACCUUUCCUAUAUGAUCAAUCACCACCUAGAAAAAUACAACCAUAUAAUCAAAUCAUAAGUGAAUUUCGAUUUGUUCUUUUUAAAAACUUUCAUCUCUUUUUACAAGAAAACAAAAUCAAUUAUAUAUUAUUAAAAUGCAUGUGUUCAUCUUCUUCUAGUUACAUAAAUACACAAAAAAAUAUAGAGCUAAGUUAUCUAAUUACAAACGAACAAGUGUCACACGAUUUUAUUCAUACCCCAGGAAUUUUAAUAAGACCCCGUACAAACAUUUCUCACAAUGAUUAUCAAAAGAAUAAUAAAGGAAAUCAUAAAGGCAAUAAUAAAAGCAAUAAUAAAAGCAAUGAUAAAGACAGUAAUAAUAACAGUAAUAAUAACAGUAAUAAAAAUGGUAAUAAUCACAAUGAUAAUAAUAAUAAUAAUCAGAAUAAAGAUAUAGACAUCAAUUCUAAUUACUCUAUACAUAAUAAUAAUGAAAAAGUAAAAAGAACAAAAAAAAAAAUUAAUGAUGCACCAUAUGACAAACAAGACGAAGAAUUACCUUCUUACGAUUUCAAUGAUCUACUUCAUGAAAAAAAAAAUGGUACCUCAGUUUUUGAUUUCAACUUUGUACUGUUUCUGUUUAUUUGUAUCACAUUCUUCUAG